AUGUCAAAUAUUGUUAUUGUUUUCGACUUCGACAAAACCAUCAUUGAUUGUGAUAGUGAUAACUGGUUGAUUGAGGAAUUAGGUUUCACUGAUUUGUUCAAUCAGCUGCUUCCCACAAUGCCUUGGAAUUCUGUCAUGGACAAAAUGAUGAUGGAGUUUCAUUCACAUGGUAUAACCAAUGAAGAUAUUGAAAAGGUUCUUCAUAGGAUUCCAAUUCAUCACAGAAUAAUACCUGCUAUUAAAUCAGCAUAUGCUUUAGGAUGUGAUUUGAGGAUUGUGAGUGAUGCGAAUAUGUUUUACAUCGAAACUAUUUUGAAGCAUUUGGGAAUAAAGAAAUACUUUUCGGAGAUUAAUAGUAAUCCAGGUUAUGUUAACCAAGAAGGAAGGGUUAGAAUUUCACCUUAUCAUGACUUUAACAAGGCUUCACAUGGAUGUAUUAAUCCUUGCCCUCCAAACAUGUGCAAGGGUUUAAUCAUUGAUAGAAUUCAAAAUACAGUUUGUGAAGUGGAUAACAAGAGGUUCAUCUACCUUGGUGAUGGUGCUGGUGAUUACUGUCCUAGUUUGCGCCUUAGAGAAAGAGACUUUGUUAUGCCGAGGAAGAACUUUCCAGUUUGGGAUUUGAUAUGCAAAGAUCCUUCACUUGUUAAGGCCGAAAUUCAUGCUUGGUGUGAUGGAGAAGAGCUUGAACAAGUUUUGAUGAAGUUAAUCAACGUGAUUAUGAUGGAUGAGCAUGUUCAAUUCAUUGCAUCUGAUUGCAAACUACAAACUCUAUCCACUUCUGUGAUUGAAUCCUUUCCGAAAGCUCUUCGAGUUCAGCCAUAA